CUGAAACUCUCUUGGAAACAUUGAUCAUGUCCAUUGAUUUCUAUUUAUGUCUGGUUUUUAGACGCUAACCAAGAUGGCGGCGCUCUGGCAACAGCUAGCAACUUAGUGGAUCGCCGCGGUCCUCCAUCGAUAUCAGCGUCGCCAGUAAAAUCCAUUCUGGUAUCGACUGCAGCUGUUGUAGGAUGCGUCGUUGUCUUUGUGGUGUUCAAACGCUUUCGAAGGUCAAACAGCAAGAGGCAGAAAAAGAAGGAGGAGCAGAGACGUGACAGUGAAGCUGAUGUCCAGCCAACAGAACAGGUGGAUCAGGGUGAUUCUACACAGUCAGAAGAUGUAGUGGAUGAUGAUGGAGAAGAUACGAUCAUGAACAUCACACUUGUGAGUGAGGAGUCUGAUCUGGAGGAGGAACCAGAACCAGCUGAGGAACCACAAGAUGUGGUUCAUGAUGGACAGGAGAUGCCACUCCUUGAAGAUGUGAGUGAGGAAUCUGGUCUGCAGGAGGAACCAGAACCAGCUCAAGAACCACAAGAUGUGGUUCAUGAUGCAGAGGAGAUGAUGACACUUCUUGAAGAUGUGAGUGAGGAGUCUGAUCUGGAGGAGGAACCAGACCCAGCUGAGGAACCACAAGAUGUGGUUCAUGAUGCAGAGGAGAUGCCACUCCUUGAAGAUGUGAGUGAGGAAUCUGGUCUGCAGGAGGAACCAGAACCAGCUCAAGAACCACAAGAUGUGGUUCAUGAUGCAGAGGAGAUGAUGCCACUCCUUGAAGAUGUGAGUGAGGAAUCUGGUCUGCAGGAGGAACUAGAACCAGCUCAAGAACCACAAGAUGUGGUUCAUGAUGCAGAGGAGAUGAUGCCACUUCUUGAAGAUGUGAGUGAGGAGUCUGGUCUGCAGGAGGAACCAGAACCAGCUCAAGAACCACAAGAUGUGGUUCAUGAUGCAGAGGAGAUGAUGCCACUUCUUGAAGAUGUGAGUGAGGAGUCUGAUCUGCAGGACAAACCAGAACCAGCUGAGGAACCACAAGAUGUGGUUCAUGAUACAGAAGAGAUGAUGCCACUUCUUGAAGAUGUGAGUGAGGAUUCUGGUCUGGAGGAGCAACCAGCCCCAACUGAAGAACCACAAGAUCUGGUUCAUGAUGCAGAGGAGAUGAUCACAAACAUUGAAGAUGUGAUCGAGCAGUCUGGUCUGGAGGUGGAACAAGAACCUUUCAAUGAAUCAGAAGAUGUGGUUCAUGAUGCAGAGGAGAUGAUCACAAACACUGAAGAUGUUAUUGAGCAGUCUGUUCUGGAGGUGGAACCAGAACCAGCUGAGAACCAGGUCCACCACCAUCUUCAGAGACUCUCCUCAGGGUAUGUUUGA